AUGGACGCCAACCCUACACCAAACCCUUCCAACGACAAACAGAGCCUCGUCCGAGUCUACGUCGUCCAGCGAUGUCCCCGUCUCUUAUGCCUCGAACACGGCGUCCAAACGGCAAUUGAAGAGAUCGCGACAGCAGCAAAGGCCGGAGCCAAUCUCAUAGCAUUUCCCGAAACAUGGCUGACGGGUUACCCUGCUUGGGUAUUCGGAAUGGCGAGCUGGAACGACCCGGAAGCCCGAAGUUGGUAUAAGAGCCUCGUUGAAGCCAGUCCCACUGCUUCAAGUUCGCAUAUCAACCGAAUCAGAGACGCUGCGAGGGAGAAUAAUAUUGAAGUCGUUCUUGGAUUCAACGAACGAGCGCGAGAAAGUGGCGGGACUAUAUAUAACAGUGUCGCAAUGAUUGGACGGGAUGGUUCUCUUCGGGGCGUUCAUCGCAAGCUUACGCCUACUCACGCUGAAAGACUUGUCUGGGCGAAUGGAGAUGCGCAAGGUCUCAGGGCCCAUGAUACUAGCUUUGGGAGGGUCGGUGCGGCGGUAUGUUGGGAACAUUUCCAUCCUCUCAUCAGACAAGCUCUGCAUACCGAAGAUGAGCAGAUCCAUAUUGCGCUAUGGCCCGAUAUGCCUUCAGCGCAUCAGGUCGCUUCUCGACAAUAUGCAUUUGAAGGAAGAUGCUUUGUCGUAGCUGCAGCUUCGUAUCUAGACAAAGGCUCUGUUCCGCCCGAAUUGCUGGAGGCAUACGUCAAAGGUGCUGGGUCAACGGAACUGUUCACCGGUGGCUCAAGUGUCAUCGGGCCAGAUGGGGAGUACAUUGCAGGUCCCGUAUAUGGUCCCGAGCCGUUAAUUGUUGACAUCGAUAUUAGUCAGACGAUUGCUUAUAAGCAUGAUCUUGAUGUUGCAGGCCAUUAUGGCAGGCCGGAUAUCUUCAAGCUAUCAGUGAACAAGGAGGGGGAUCGGAGAUGA